CGUGGGGUCACGGAAUCGGGGAGUCGCGGCACCGUCAAGGCUGGAAGAUCAUCUGCUGGUUUAACAUCAUCUACUGGUUUAAGGUCAUCUACUGGUUGAAGAUCGUCUCUUCCAACCGUCAGCCCAGCACCGUCACCGUAACCCCCAAACCACCCCCCCACAUCACCCAGCGACAGAUGCAGACGCCUCCUGAACCCCCCGAGAGGGUGACUCCGCCACCUCCCUGGGCAGCCCCUUCCGAGGUCUGACAUUAGAAAGUUUUCUCUAAUGUGUAACGUCGCUACCCCGCUCGCCUCAGCGCUGCCGUGCCCUCAGGAGGCGGCUGCCAUCCCUCGGCCCCGCAGAGGAUGGAAGGCAGGGCCGACGGGGAUGAGUAAGGGACUGAGCAUCUCCCCGAGGAGGAGACACUGCCGGAGCCGGGCCUGGCUAGUCUGGAGAAGGGAAAACUCAGAGGGGAUCUCAUCAAUCCGUGCCAAUAUCUCCAAGGGGUGUCAGAGGAUAGUACCAGAUUGUUUUCAUUGGUGCCUAGAGACAAAACAAGGAGCAAUGACCAUAAAAUAAAACACAAGACAUUCUACCUCAACAUGAGGAAGAGCUAUCCAUUGAGCAGAGCACUGGACCAGCUGCCCAGGGAGGGCAUGGAGACUCCCUCUCUGGAAUAAUCCAAACCCUGGACAUACUCCUGUGUCACCUGCUCAAGGAACAAGCCACCAGGAUGCCAGCGUUGCCUCUGGACGAGCUCCAGCUGACAGAAAGGGAUCCCAAGACAGGGAAGCUGAGAACUCUACCAGCACUGCACCCAGAAGUUAAAGCAGAUCGGUCCUUUGUGCUGUACAAACCCCCUCCUGCCAUCAGAGACCCUGCUCUGGUGGAGGAAUUCCUGGAGAGAGCAAAAUUCAUUGCAGAUGACCUGAACUGGCUUCUGGCUCUGCCUCAUGAAAAAUUCUGGUGCCAGGUGAUAUUUGAUGAGAGCCUGCAGAAGUGUUUGGACUCCUACCUGCGCUCCGCCCCUCGCAAGUUCGACGCGCUGUGGGAUUGCCACCCCGAGGUGCAUGAGCUGCAGAAAUGCCUCCAUCGCAAUGUCUUCCUCACCUUUCUCAGGAUGUCUACCCACAAGGAGUCCAAGGAUCAUUUUAUCACUCCCUCUGUCUUUGGAAAAAUUAUUUACAAUAACUUCCUGUUCGAUAUCCCCAAGAUUCUGGAUCUCUGUGUCCUUUUUGGGAAAGGAAAUGGGCUCCUGCUCCAGAAGAUGAUUGGAAAUAUCUUCACUCAGCAGCCCAGUUACUUCAGUGAUCUUGAUGAAACUCUGCCCACUGUCCUCCAGGUGUUCAACAACAUUUUGCACAAGUGUGGUUUGCAGUGUGAAGGGGCCUCUGCUGAGCCCCAGAAACUGGAAGAGAAAGUCAGUGUGACUGCAGGGAACAUGCCCCUCCAGGAGCUGAAGGACAUUGUGCUGUAUUUAUGUGACACCUGCACAACUCUCUGGGCCUUUCUUGAUGUCUUUCCCUUGGCUUGCCAGACCUUCCAAAAACACGAGUUUUGUUACAGAUUAGCUUCAUUUUAUGAACUGGCAAUUCCUGAGCUGGAGUCUGCAAUCAAGAAGAGGCAUUAUGAAGAUAACAGUGUUUUUGCUGAUUUGUGGAGGAGGAUUUCACACUCCAGAAAGAAGAUGAUAGAGGUUUUUCACAUCCUAGUGAACCAAGUCUGUCUGCAGCCCAUCCUAGAGAGCAGCUGUGAGAAUAUCCAGCCAUUUAUUGAGGAAUUUCUGCAGAUCUUCACCUCGGUGCUUCAGGAAAGGAGAUUUCUCUGUGACUACGACGAGCUGUUCCCUGUUGAGGAUGACGUGAGUCUGCUGCAGCAGGCAUCCUCUGCACUAGACGAGACCAGGACAGCCUACAUCCUCCAAGCAGUGGAAAGUGCCUGGGAAGGAGUAAACAGGAAAAAAGGACAAGCUGCUAAAGAGCCAGCAGCAUCCAACAGAGCUUCAGCCACAGUGGAGAGCAGCCCUGAGGACAGGGAGGAUCCAGGGGCUGCGUGUGCUCUGGAGGAUGAGUGUGCCGGCGCUGCGGCCGCGCCCAUCGCCCGCGUGUCCGGCGUGGAGCUGGACUCCCUGAUCUCCCAAGUGAAGGAUCUGCUGCCAGAUCUUGGAGAGGGAUUCAUCCUGGCCUGCCUGGAGGAGUAUGGAUAUAACACAGAGCAGGUGAUCAACAACAUCCUGGAGGAGAAGUUGGUGCCGUACCUGGAUAAGCUGGACCGAAGGAUGCAAAGACAGCUGAAGCCAGACCCUACCCCUCUGGUCAGCUCCCGCUGUAACGUUUUCCAGAAUGAUGAGUUUGAUGUUUUCAGUAGGGAUGCAGUGGAUGUGUCUCGGAUCCAGAAAGGCAAGAGGAGGGAGAAGGACACGACGCGGAGCCUGCUGAACGACAAGCGGCUGGUGUUGGAGCAGAGGCAGCGCUACAGCCAGUACAGCGUGGUGCUGGAGGAGCUGCCCCUGCCUCCGGGGGCCGCCCGGGACUACGAGGACUACGAGGACUACGAGGACGAGUACGACGACACCUACGAUGGGAACCAAGUGGGCGCUAACGACGCUGACUCGGAUGACGAGCUCAUCUCCAGGAGGCCAUUCACAAUUCCUCAGGUCUUGAGACCUAAAGGACAGGAGGAAGGACAGGAGACAGAGGAAGAGGAUGAAGAGGAGGAGGAGGAAGCUGAAAAGGAAAGAACAAAGGACCACUUUGUGCAGGACCCUGCAGUCCUGCGGGAGAGGGCUGAAGCCAGGCGCCAGGCCUUCCUUGCCAGGAAGGGGCACAAGCACGACAGCUCUGCCGUGGUUGGGAGCGCCAAGGGCCACGGGCAGAGCCGGGAGAUGCUGCAGGAGCGCAGGAAGAAAGAAGCAAACAAAAGCACCCGAGCCAACCACAACCGGCGGGCCAUGGCCGACAGGAAGCGCAGCAAGGGCAUGAUCCCCUCCUGAGCAGCAUCCCAGGCCCUGCCCAGGAGGAGGCUCCCUUUCCUGGGCGUUCCCUUCGCUCAGGGGAUGGAUGUUGUGUGCAAUACGGAGCUGCGUUCCCUGUGGGAGUGCUGCCCGUUCCCUGCCCUGACUGUGGGUGCCAGUGGCUGCAGCAGCCAUUCCUGCCCUUUUGUACUAUUUAUAAUUCAGAGUUUUAUUUUCAUACUGGCUCCUGCCCACCCUGGAGUGGGCAGCUCCGAGAGCACGGCUUCCAUGGAAAUGCCUUAUCCUGAACUUGAGUUAUAAAUUGUCCCAGCUUGGAAGGGACCACAGGGAUCACGAGUCCCACCCCUGUCCCUGCCCAGACCCCCAACAACCCCACCCUGUCCAUCCCUGGCAGCGCUGUCCAAAGGCUCCUGGAGCUCUGGCAGCCUCGGGGCCGUGCCCAUUCCCUGGGGAGCCUGGGCAGUGCCAGCACCCUCUGGGGGAAGAACCUUUCCCUGAUCUCCACCUAAACCUCCCAACACAGCUCUGUGCUGGCAGAGAAAUGCUCAGGCUGUUCCCACUGCCAACAGACCCACAGGGAUUGAGGUGAAUCAGACCUUAUGGAUUUCUGUCCCUCAAGUGAGGCCUGUGAAAACAGAUGGUACAAAUAAAAGAUGUAGAUGCCUUGGUUU